AUGGCCAAUGGUCGUGUCAUUAUUGAUCUCCAAAGCUUUGCAACUAUGAAUCCAGGUUAUAAAAUGGGAAAUGCCAAACCACCAAAUAAGUGUGACAUUGAACUUCUUACCAGAAAAGGUGAUUAUAUCAAGUUAGAUCAAAUAAAUGAAGAAGAUUUCUAUCUUCUUACACCUGCGGUAGUAUAUGGGUUUAGCUUCGCGCUGAAAGAAUGGGGUCAGUUUGAAGUUUUGGGUCUUUCAAGAAUUAAUUUUAAUGAAAAUGCUUUUGAUCAAUUGGAGAUGUCCAAAGAUAAAAAAGAUAUAAUUAGAGGAUUGGUAAUGCAGUAUAGUGAAUCUGGCCAGAUGAGAAUAAAACCGCUUGAUCCCAUCUCCAAUAAGGGUAAAGGCUGUAUUUUUUUAUGUUAUGGACCACCUGGUACUGGGAAAACAUUGACUGCUGAAAGUGUUGCCGAAUUUCUCAAAAGGCCAUUAUGGACACUUAGUGUAAACGAGCUUGGAACAAAUCCUGUAGACCUAGAAAACAAAUUACGUAGCGUUUUAGAAGUCGCCAUUAAGUGGAAUGCUAUUAUUCUUCUCGAUGAAGCUGACAUUUACCUCGAAAAACGUGAUAUUGCCGACCUAAAACGUAACACGUUAGUUGGCAUAUUUUUGCGGCUGCUAGAAUAUUAUCAAGGCGUCCUCUUCUUGACAACAAAUCGUGGCAUGAAUUUGGAUGAUGCAAUAUAUUCGCGAAUUAACAUGACUAUCCAUUACCCUAAACUUGGCAUUAAGGAAAGACAUAAAAUCUGGACAAAUUUCCUUAAGAAUGCUGAUCUAUCCUUUGAAGCUGAUAAUUUUAGUAAAUAUGAAUUGAAUGGUCGUGAUAUUCGUAAUAUCCUUCACACAGCGCGAACGUUGGCUCAGAGUAGAGAAGAAUCCCUGACUGCAAACCAUGUAAUAAAUGUAAUUGAAACCAUUCAGAAAUCUCGGAAUGAGAUGGAAGAAAUAAAAAAGACAAUUGCAGCGAACAAAACGGAGAGUUGUGAAAGUUGA